GUUUGUGGGGAAUAAUAGCCAUUUUAUAUACUUUUUAGGCAUAAGCAAUUAAAAAUUAACACUUAGUACCCAAGAACAAAAAUUGUGUUACAUAGUGAUUUAUCAUUCUCAAUAGAACACUGUUGAGUAUGACAACAUGCCUCAAACAUGUAUCAUCAUCAUCAAUUGAUUUCUUACUACUCAAAAGAUUAUCAUGACCUCAUUAAUCAUCAUCAUCAUCAAUAUAACCACCACGAUCACCUAAGCAACGAUGUUUGUGGUUGCACUGUUUUUGAGCAGCGAUAACAAAGAAAGUUCUUGGCUGGCGGGCAAGGCGUGCUAGCUUUGAUGUGUUUGUGAGCCCUACAUUACAUUGAAUCAAGCGGGGGGUAGGCACGGAGGGAGGGAGAGCGAGAGAGAGGGCAUAAGCCUCGUGAAUCUCUUCCGUGUAACGUUUGUGAGCAGGUGGUAAGCCAGCAUGGGCAAAGCAACUGGGCAAAGGCUACGAUCCAAAUAUCCACCCUACCCCCACCUCUCUCUCUCCCUAAAGCAACGCACGCCAGCCGGCAAAUCUACGCUCAUCCGUUCACUCACUCACUCCCGAGUCUCGGGCACUUACAACGUUAGCUAUGCCUUCUGUCCGUGUCCAGGCUGUCAUUCAAUCAUCAGCAUCACCACCACCACAAUAGCCAUCAUCAUUACUACUAAUACCACUAUCACAUUAUCAUUAUUAUCAUCACAAUUAUAAUUCACCGCUCGUGUGGGAAGGGGACCGAUGGGCCAAGAUUUCAGGAGAUAGGCUGUGACUGGUGGUGGACUGGAGGAAGCGCGCAGAGGCAAAGCAAAGGUACAUGGGCGAUGAGGGCAAGGCCGGCAUGAGAGCCCUGCCCAUGGAGGGAGAGCCCUGCUCCCGGGCAGCACUGGCGGUGUCAAACUGCAAGCCAUCCGGGGGCACACGCGUGUUCACCAGCAACACGCACAGCGCACACGUGGUACAGGGCUUCGAGCGGCUGCGCUCCGAGGGGCACCUGUGCGACGUGACGCUGCUGCCAGGAGACGGGGACGAGGCUUUUCCCGUGCACAGGGCCAUGAUGGCCUCCGCCAGUGACUACUUCAAGGCCAUGUUCACAGGCGGGAUGAUGGAGCAGGAGCAAGGCUGCAUCCGGCUGCACGGCGUGAGCGCCGCGGGGCUGCGUCAGAUCGUGGCGUUCAUCUACACGGCGCGCCUGCCGCUCAGCAUGGACUCGCUCGCAGACACGCUGGAGGCCGCCAGCUUCCUGCAGAUCCUGCCCGUGCUCGCCUUCUGCAAGGACUUCCUCAUCUCCGAGGUGACUCUGGAAAACUGCGUGGACGUCGGGCGCAUCGCCACGGCGUACCACCUGCCCGAGGUGGACAAGUACGUCAACGCCUUCCUGCUGCGCAGCUUCACGUCCCUGCUGGCCACCGGCGAGUUCCUGCGCCUGCCGUUCGAGCGCCUCGCCUGGGCCCUGGGCAGUGACUCGCUGCGCGGCUGCUCGGAGCUGCAGCUCUUCCAGGCCGCCUGCCGCUGGCUCCGGCACCCGGUGGACGCGCAGGGCGACUCGCUGUCGCCGGCGCGCGACGCCGCCGCCGUGCCCGGCGCGGCCGAGAGGGCGUCCGGCUCGCGGCUCGAGUUCGCCUCCCGUCUCAUGAGUCGCAUCCGCUUCCCGCUCAUGUCGCCGCAGGAGCUGCUGGCGCACGUGCAGACCGUGGACUUCAUGCGCUCCGACGCCGCCUGCCUCAACCUGCUGCUGGAGGCCAGCAACUACCAGAUGCUGCCGGCCAUGCAGCCGGUGCUGCAGUCGGAGCGCACGCGCGUCCGCUCCGACGCGACCCACCUGCUGGCGCUGGGCGGCGUGCUGCGCCAGCAGCUGCUGGUGUCGCGCGACAUGCGCAUCUACGACGAGCGGGCGCGGCGCUGGCGCUGCCUCACGCCCAUGGACGCGCCGCGGUACCAGCACGGCAUCGCCGUCGUGGGCAACUUCCUGUUCGUGGUCGGCGGGCAGAGCAACUACGACACGAAGGGCAAGACGGCGGUGGACACGGUGUUCCGCUACGACCCGCGCUACGACCGCUGGGCCCACAUGACGCCCCUCAACGAGAAGAGGACCUUCUUCCACCUCAGCGCGCUCAACGGGCGGCUCUACGCGGUGGGGGGCCGGAACGCCUCGGGGGAGCUCGCGACGGUGGAGUGCUACAGCCCGGCCUCCAACGAGUGGACGUUCGUGGCGAGGAUGAGCGAGCCUCACUACGGCCACGCCGGCACCGUCUACAGUGGCCUCAUGUACAUCUCGGGCGGCAUCACCCACGACACCUUCCAGAAGGGACUCAUGAGCUACGAGCCCGAGACCGACCGCUGGGCCCAGCGCGCCCCCAUGUCCACGGUGCGCGGCCUGCACUGCAUGUGCACCGUGCGCGAGCGCCUCUACGCCAUCGGCGGCAACCACUUCCGCGGCGCCAGCGACUACGACGACGUCCUCUCCUGCGAGUUCUACUCGCCCGCCAGCGACCAGUGGACGAGCGUGGCGCCGAUGCCGCGCGGGCAGAGCGACGUCGGGGUGGCCGUCUUCGGCGAGCGGGUGUACGUCGUGGGCGGCUACUCGUGGAACAGCCGCUGCAUGGUGGAGAUCGUGCAGCGCUACGACCCCGAGCGCGACUCGUGGGAGCGCGCCUUCGACCUGCCCGAGUCGCUCGGCGGGAUCCGCGCGUGCGCCAUCACGGUGCUGCCGCCCGCCGACGGGCAGGGCGGCGAGGACGCGGCCGGGGGGGCUCAGACGCCGCAGCAGCAGCAGCCGCCGCUGCAGGCGCAGCAGCAGCUGCCGCACGAGAGAGGCGCGGAGGGUUUGGAGGCGUCGCCGCAGCACGAGGGAAUCGCUCACGAUCCGGAACAAAACACGGCUGCACGCGGGGUCACCCGAGGGGACACCCGAGGGGAUACCCCAGGGGACACCCGAGAGGAUACCCGAGGGGAUACCCGAGGGGACACCCACGCUCAACCUGGUGCCGCUUCCCGGAUCGUCGCGCUCGAUGCUGCGGACCAGGCCUAUCCAGGAGGCCUGCCUUGGGGGCGAUGGAUCGCGGUGACACCGGAGGAACAAUCGAUACGGCCCACGAAUGGCUUAGAGCGACUAAACUAGUACCUUCUUUAUUCCUGAGCGAAAACGCUCCGGAGAUGCUCGUGAAUACCACGUUUCGCAGAUAGUGAUAUUGGCCUACGAAAACCUUUAAUAAAUGCGUAAACAUUAAAUAUCAUCACUUUACCUCAUCCCUUCAUCUCGUCACUUUCUCACGUAACAUUCUCUCAUCACUUUCUCUCUCUCUCUCGAUGCAGUUAUGUAGAUUUCCAGAUGCGAUUCGCGGAUUGCCAAAAUCGCGGAUUGCCAAAAUCGCGGAUAGCAAGUUCAUGAAUAACGAUGGAAUACUGUACUACUAUUGCUAACUAUUGGCAGCCUAUUUAUUGUUUUCCAUUCAUUGAAUAUCAUACCUGUCAACCCCUUAUCAGUGCCUACCUUAUUGCAGACCAAUUCAGACCUUAUUGGUCACCCCGUGACUCUUAUAAAUUUCAACGUUAAUCCUAUAAAGUCCCAUCACAAGGGAGAAAUUCCCCUGUACAAGAAUACCGGUAAAACGUAUGGGUUGACAGGUAUGGUAUAUGUCCAGAAGUAGGAUACUAAUAACUAAAUAUAUUUAAAUGCACUGCUCUAUGAACCCUGAGAUCUGCAUUUGAUUCCUGGUCACAUCAGGGUGGUGAGUGAUCAUCAUUAACUGAUUUUGAUGAAGCUACGUUGUAGUGCUUUGGGGCUCUUGUUGCAAAUGACAUUAGUCCAUUUCGGGGGAAAUGGUGAAAUAAAUGGUUAAAUAAAGGUCACCAUUCCCAGGAUGCACGCAGCGUCUCCAAGUCCUUGAGCUCCGUGCAAAAUUAGAUUUCAAUCGGGGCAGCCGCCGCUCAGAGCACAAUAGCGACGAUGAAAGGAAAAAAAAAUUCCACAUCGGGGAAAAUAAAAAUAAAUAAAAACAAUUCCCUAAGAAAUCUGUUUGGAAGAAGAGAGAGAGAGAGAGAGAGGAAAAAAAAAACCAACUGAUCUGUUUCCACAGUAGCCAGAUGUUUUAUCCUCGGGCUUUUCAGCUAAAACGAUUUGUGUUCCCAAGCCGCGAGACAUUGCCGGCAUUCGCAUUGAACGUCCAGAUCGCAAACUCUCUCCUCUCUCUCUCUCUGUCUCUCUCGCCUUUUGUGGCGAUGCGAUUCGUCCGGAUUUUGCUUUGUUCCGAAAACUGAUUAUUACGAAAAUAAAGUCCCAAUGGAAAUUAA